UUUUUCUCAAUUAUUAAAGGUACGUUUGUAUUUAUGCACUUUUUUUCGCGAUGAGCAGAUCGUAUCGAUCGUGGCAGAAUGGAUGCAAGGCGAAAAAUAUGCGCAACCGGCUGCAGAGGGCCGUAAUGUGGUUGAAUUCAGCUGGGAUUCCCGCUCAGAUUGAGGAUUCAGAGGCUGGAGUAGAGAAAUUACUGGCAAACGUAAUCCCGAAUUGCACUGUACUCAAUUACGAAAACCCAUUGCGGAGCAAUGGCCUAUCUGUGCAAGUGUAGAUUCGUUUUUGAAUUCCGCGAGGACGAAAAGAAAACAUGGCUGAAGAACAGAAGGUCGCCGUCGAGCAGGUUCCCGAGGAGAACACCACCAACGCCGCUGCCGCCGCCGCUGCCGCCCAGGGCAUCAACCCGGCUGCGUUCAUGAAGCAGCAGAGCCGCACCGAGAAGAAGGCGCGCAAGGCCAUGGCCAAGCAGGGUCUGGAGCAGGUUCCGGGUAUCACCCGCGUCACCAUGCGCCGCCCCAAGGGCGUGAUCUUCACGAUCCAGGCCCCUGACGUCUACAAGAGCUCGACCUCGGACACCUGGAUCGUGUUCGGCGAGGCCAAGGUCGACGACAUGGCCGCCCGGGCGCAGAUGGCGCAGGCCCAGCAGCUCCAGGCUCUGGCCGCUGAGGAGGCUGCCGCCGCCUCGUCGGGCAAGGGCAAGGAGGUCGCCGCCGAGGCUGCUGUCGAGGAGGAGGCUGAGGAGGUCGAUGAGGAGGGUGUUGAGAACAAGGAUAUCGAGCUUGUCAUGAGCCAGGCCAACGCGUCGCGCGCCAAGGCUGUCAAGGCCCUGAAGAACAACAACAACGAUAUCGUCAACGCCAUCAUGGAGCUCACUGCCUAG